AUGCCGCAACCAUUGAAUCCCAAGGACCAGUCCUUGUUCCGUCAAGUGGUUCGUAACUUUGAGCUCAAGCAAUAUAAGAAAGGCAUCAAGACGGCCGACCAGGUUCUCAAGAAGAACCCCAACCAUGGCGAUACGCAGGCAAUGAAGGCGCUGAUUUUGAGCCAUCUGGGACAAUCAGAGGAGGCCUUUGCACUCGGCAAGGAAGCUUUACGGAAUGACAUGAAGUCGCACAUUACCUGGCACGUUUAUGGUCUUCUUUACCGACAGGAAAAGAACUACGAAGAGGCAAUCAAGGCGUACCGAUUCGCAUUGCGAAUUGAGCCUGAGUCUGCUCCUAUCCAGCGGGAUCUUGCUCUGCUUCAGGUGCAGAUGCGUGAUUUCCAGGGUUACAUUCAGAGCCGUACUGUGAUGCUACAAGCACACCCGGGCCUUCGACAGAACUGGACAGCGUUGGCAAUUGCCCAUCACUUGUCUGGAGACUUGGAGGAAGCAGAGAAGGUCCUUACCACAUACGAAGAAACAUUGAAGGGAACCCCGUCAGUCUCAAAUAUGGAACAUUCUGAAGCCAUCCUGUACAAGAAUACCAUCAUCGCAGAAACUGGCAACCUCGAACGAGCUCUUGAACACCUGGAGAAAUAUGGAUACAGGUGUACUGAUGUGCUGGCGGUUAUGGAGAUGAAGGCUGACUACCUCUUGCGACUUGAUCGCAAGUCCGAGGCUGAGCAGGCUUACACUGCACUGCUGGAGCGAAACCCGGAGAACUCCAUUUACUAUGAUGGCUUGAUUAAGGCGAAGGGUGUGGCGGAAGAUGACCACAAAUCAUUGAAGGCUCUUUACGACGAGUGGGUAGAGAAGAACCCUCGUGGUGACUCCGCUCGUCGCAUCCCGCUCGAUUUCUUAGAGGGCGAAGACUUCAAGCAAGCUGUUGAUACUUACCUCCAGCGGAUGCUGAAGAAAGGAGUGCCCUCGCUUUUCGCCAACAUCAAGUCUCUGUACAGUAACCCCUCCAAGCGCGAUGUGGUCCAGGCAUUGGUUGAGGGAUAUGUCUCUGGCAAUGCUGCACAGGCAAACGGCUCUUCUGAGUCUAAGGAGAACGAGUUCCUCGUUUCUUCCUACUAUUUCUUGGCCCAACACUACAACUACGAGCUUAGCCGUGACCUCACAAAGGCCAUGGAGUACGUUGACAAGGCAAUUGAGCUGUCACCGAAGUCUGUGGAAUACCAGCUGACCAAGGCGCGCACCUGGAAGCACUACGGAAAUACGAUCAAGGCCGCCAAUGAGAUGGAGAAGGCCCGUCUUUUGGAUGAAAAGGAUCGUUACAUCAAUACCAAGGCUGCCAAGUACCAACUCCGUAACAACCAGAAUGAGAAGGGCUUGGAAAACAUGAGCAAGUUCACCCGAAAUGAGACAGUCGGCGGCGCAAUGGGUGAUCUUCAUGAGAUGCAAUGUGUGUGGUAUCUUACUGAGGAUGGUGAGGCAUACCUGCGCCAGAAGAAACUUGCUCUGGCCCUGAAGCGCUUCCACGGCGUGUUCAACAUCUUUGAUACCUGGCAAGAGGACCAGUUCGACUUCCACAGUUUUUCCCUGCGAAAGGGCAUGAUCCGCGCCUAUGUGGAUAUGGUUCGUUGGGAGGACCGCCUUCGCGAACACCCCUUCUACACUCGGAUGGCGGUCUCUGCUAUCAAGGCAUACCUGCUCCUUCACGAUCAGCCCGACCUUGCACACGGCCCUAUGCUUAUCGCUGAUGGUGCCGAUACCAUGAAUGAGGAGGAGCGUAAGAAGGCACUCAAGAAGGCUAAGAGGGAGCAACAACGCCUUGAAAAGAUCGAGGCUGAUAAGCGCGAGGCUAGAAAGGCCGCCGCUGCUAAUGCCAAGAGCAUUGAUGGAGAGGUGAAGAAGGAAGACCCCGAUCCUUUGGGCAACACCCUUGUGCAGACCAAGGACCCGCUCAAGGAUGCGAUGAAGUUCCUGACCCCCUUGCUCAACCUCGAUUCUCAGAACAUCGAAGCCCAAACCCUUGGCUUUGAAGUUUACUUCCGCAGAAACAAGCAUGUUCUGGCUGUGAAAUGCCUCUCAGCCGCUCACGCUAUCGACCCCUCCAACCCUACCCUCCACCUGCAGUUGCUGCAAUUCCGCAAGGCCCUUGAUACCCUCUCCGAGCCCCUUGACCCCAAGAUUGCCGAAGUCGUUGAUGCCGAAUUUGAGAAGCUGUUCCCCAAGUCUCAGAAGCUUGAGGAGUUCAACGACUCUUUCCUGACCGCCAACAAGAACAGCGCCUUGCACGUGCAAGCAGCCCUAUCUGGUCGUCAAUUCCUGAACAAGGACUCAGCAACCCAAAACGAGAAGGAACUGCUGGCCACUCUUGACUCCGUUGAUAUCAUGAUGAGCGAAGCUAUGGCUGGCCUCGACCUGCUUAGCAACUGGGGCAGUGACAAGGCUGCGUAUGCUGAAAAGGCACUCAAGAAGUGGCCUGAGUCUUCCCUGUUCAAGCUGAACUAA